CGAAAAAGUCAUUUCAUUAAUCCACAAGCCAUGAAACUCAUCACAUUGGUUUUGGUUACUGUCGUCUUAUCAAAAACUGUUGCUGCACAGCAAGAUGUCGAAUGCGGCAAUAAUGAAAGCUUUUUCAAUCAAUGUCAAUCAAGUACACGAAAUAGUUGUGACUGCUCGGAUACUUUGAGAAGAGACUGUAGACUUGGAUGCAUGUGUAAUAUUGGAUACUGCAGGAAAGACUUCUCAAGCUCAUGUGUUCAACGAUCCUGUCAACAUCCUUAUUUUGCAUGAAACUGAAUGUUUUUUUUUU